AUCCUCGCCAGACCGGUUUCCGGCGAUCGAGUUUAUAUUAUCCCCGUCAUGUGCAAAUCUCGUUACGAACUCUGGAAAAUUGGAUCAAUUCGAGAACGCGUUCACUGUUCUAAUUCGGAAUUACAGUUUAUCGAGUUAUACGCGUGCACCUGUCCGAAGAAUCUCGACGAAGACUUUUAACCGAAUCUUCGUUUACCGCCAUCUUUUGUUCGUUACGAUUCGAAAAUAUAAAUUAUAGAAGAGAAGAAAAAGUAGGAACGGAAAAAAUGUGUUUCGCUCAAGUGAAAGCUAUUUGAACGAUUUUGUGGAAGAAACGAGUCUGUUAGUGAACCAAAACGAAUUUUACCAGUGUUGUUAGGAGAGGCGAAACAAGUGGCACGAAAGUGAAAAUAAAUAUGUAUGGAACAGUGAGUCGAAAAGAUUAGAAAAAACGAGCGAGUUCGUAUUCCGAAUGCGUACGCCAAAAGAAGCGUAAUUCGAAACGAACAAUUGUCUUGAAAUUUUCUCGAGGCUCGAACGAACGUGAACCUGAUUUACCUAGUUUUCUUAGUUUUGUAGCCGGAAUUCUCCCAUGAUUUUAUUCGGUUAAGUGAUACUUAGAUACUUCGUCAUUCGUUAAUUGUACGAAGACAAAUUGUGAGAAUUUCUUUCACGAUGAAAUAAUUCAAUAGUAUGUAGAAUUCAACGAUGGCUUUAGAAGAAUUUGUAAUGGUACACGCAGAUGACGCGAUGACGCUGCAUUGGUGGAUGCACUGGUUCUGGGUUACCGCUCAAUUUCUCGUAAUUUUAGGAAACCCGGUGCCAUCGAGCACGGGUGAGCCUCGUGACCAGGUGCAGCAGGAUCGCCUGAGCUCGGAAUCGACGUCGAAAAUUACCUCGAUCGAGGCCGAGAGGAGCGAACCGCGACAGAGUUUUCGCGUGGCCAAAGCCAUCGGUCUUCAUCCAUCCACGAAUACGGCUGUAACGUUAGACAGGCAAUCGAGUACGAUUUCGACUCCCGUGGAAAUGGUGGCGAGCGUGGUCGAAACGAGUACUAAUCCCGCGGAAGAGUAUCACGGGAACGCGAGUAACGCGGUCAGUCUGGACUCGACGAAAAGUUUCACGCCUCAACGAGUCGCAGAUACCGUGGACAGGAUUCGUAAUUCGGCGGGGAAGAAGGAUAGUAAAGUCACGUGGAUCCUAACCACGAACAAAACCGGUGGUAGAUCCAAGUACGAGCAAGAAGAGAAAAUGGAUGAAAAUGGGAAUCGGAACGGCACCACAUUGGACCAAGUGGAGGAUCUCACGGUACUACCUCUUCAGGAAGAGGUGUCUAGAAUCAGGCUGGUACUGAAUAAAACGAAAUCCUCCUCUCUUUUAUCUUCUUCCUCUUCCUCCUCUUUGUCCUCCUCUGCCGGUAAUUCCGGUAUCAAGACGUUCAAUCGAUCCGACGAUGUCGAGAUCAACGACGACGACGACUUUGUCGAGCCACAGUUAUUUGCCACAGCUGCGUCCAUUCUCGAAGUUGGUGUGAGCGAACCUACGCGGCUGAGCAGAGCGCGAAGUGCGUUUCCCAAAGAUUUCCAAAGGGAUCAAGUACAGGAAGAUCAUCUUUCCGAUUAUAAUGAGAGCAAUAGCGAGAAGCAAGAGAACACUUCGAGAUCAACGGUAGACAUUGCCGCUAUUACCGGAAGUUGCCUAGCGACUGUAGUUUUACUCAGCACAAUGGGUAGCCUUGGAUUCAUUAUGUACAGACGUAGGUAUCUGAAUCCGCCGCAAACGCUUAAUAGCGACAAAUGCAGUAAUCCCGAUAGUUCCGGUUAUAUCGAUGAUUCUACUAUUCGUGAUAAUUCCGAAGAAAUGUACAGUUUGGAUAACGAUUCGUUCUUAAAUUCGUUAGAAGCAAUGACAAUACAGAAUUAUUGGACGGAUAGUGUGAAGCAUACGAAACUAUGACAAAAGAAGAUAAUUCAACCCGGAAAGAGGAUCGAAACGUUCAGUAUUUCCGAUGGUGAAGCGCACGAACAAGUAUCGUUGUUGGAACAGUAGUACUUACACGACGAGUGCCCGGCGUUUUGUAAUUGAAUGCGCAAAGAGAUUGAAUUUAUCGUAGUAAUCGUAUAGAUAUGCAGGAAUUUUAUUUUUUUCUGAUGAAUCGUUAGCGAUUUCGAUGCAAGAAUGAGCGAAUAAAAUAUUUUAAACAUUUUUGACAACUUUUUAGAUAAAUUCCGUCGGUUUUAUAAUUUCUUAAAAGAAACUGACGAUACGUCAAAAUUACAAGAUUUGUGCGUGUAUUAUAUUCGCGCUAACAUCGCAUACAAAUUUGUGAAUAUUGAACGCGUACGAUGUAAAACGCAAUACUUUUCACGCACAUAUCUUGAAUUUUGAUUUUGUCACUCGUAUUGUUCUACCACUAUUUUUCUACUACAAAUGCAAUUGGCAAUAGUUAAAUUUAAACAGCGAUACGGUCACUUUCAUCGGAUUAGUGACUGAAUAGUGCAAUAAAAUGUACUUUAUCGAUAAUUAUUGAAAUAUACUUUUUAGAACAGUAAGUACAAAUAAGGUCAUUAAUGUUUAACUAAAUAUAUAUUAGAAAUACGAGACAUAAUUUAAUAAAUCUGAAAUUCUCGUAAAAUCAAUUGCAGUAUGAUAAACAAUUUCAUUAUUAUUGAAUUUUAAUUUCUAUAAAUUGUACUUAUAUAUAUUAAUCAUUUUAAUUUAAGAUUCGAUUUUAACAUUUCUUAUUAUCUUUGAACUCUAUUGAAAAAUUACGGUUUUUUCUAAUAGGAUAAUAGGAGUCGAAUUGCUCGCUUGCAUAUACAAUCAGCUUCAAAUAUUUUCAAGAUAGAAUCGGGCUAAUAAAAAAUCGGACCAAAUACGUACCGUAGUUUAUAGCUUUAUGCCUUUAUAACAUAUCCAGCAAGAAGUAAGGAGAUUUCAUUCGUUUUUUUCACUUCACUUCAGCUUGUACAUAUGUACAUGUAUAUGUACUAUAUAAUAAUUACAAAUAUAUCUAUGUAUAGUGCGAAUUUUCCGACGGUUUCUCGAAACUUUCGAAAUACAAUUACGUUUUAGUAGA